UCAAGUAAAUGUUUUGUCCAAAGUGGUAGAAAUAAGAAAAGGAAACAUUGUAUCAGGAAUGACAAUUCAGCAUUUUGGAGAUACAGACUUGCCAACUUUACAUCAAGCCUUGCAUGAAGCAUUUCAGAGAGUACACCAUGAUAGGUACAAGUUGUUCUGCUGUGUUUCUUUAAGAUAAAGAGUUUUGGCUGUUUGAUUCACAUUCACAUGGAGAAUAUGGACUGUCAAAUGUUGAUGGAAAGUCUGUUUUGAUGUCCUUUGAUAAACUUGAAGACCUUGUGACAUUUAUGUAUGCUAUGUAUGAAAGUGCAAAUAUUGAUAUAAUGAGUCAAUAUGAAAUAUUGCCUUUAAAUUUUAGUGUAGUUAAAUGCACUUCACAAUAUCAUAAUAUGUACAUUAAAGAUCAGCAGAAAAUAUCUGAUAACAGUAAAACUGAUGCUGAUGAUCUUUGGCAAACAGUUUCUUACAAAAAGCAAAAGAAAUUCAGUAACAUUUCUGUCAUGCCAAGUAAUGAACAAUCAUGUGAAGUAGUAAAAAAAAGCAUUAAGCAACAGUCUGUUUACCAUAAAGUAAAAGAAAAUACAUAUAGUUAUCCUGCAGUUGGGCUUAAGACAAAAAUGAAAAAUGAUACAAUACUUAUUGGGAAGUACUUUAAACACCAAUACCAAAAACAGCAACAGAAGGAUAAAAAAGGAGAAAGUGAUAGAAAAGCCUACAUGAGACUGUACAUGCAAAAGCGAAGGCAAAGUGAUCAAUUCAAAGUAAAAGAUAAAGAAUUCACAUUAGGGUCAAAACGAAAGGCAAGAUUAGAUCCACUUAAACUAGAACAAGAGAAAAUAGCAAAACAAGAAUGUCGAAAAUGUCCUGAAUUCAAAAAUAAAGAAGUUAAGAUACAAAAUAAAUCGAAACGAAAGGCAAGGUCAGACGAAGAAUUCAAGCAUAAAGAAAUUGAGAUACAAAAUAAAUCCAAACAAAAGGCAAGAUUAGACAGUGCAUUCAAACAAAAAGAAAUAGAGAUACAGAAUAAGUCCAAAAAAAAGGCGAGGUUUGAUCCACUUAUACUAGAGCAAGAGAAAAUAGCAAAACAAGAAUCUCGAAAAUGUCCUGAAUUCAAGCAUAAAGAAAUUGAGAUACAAAAUAAAUCAAAACGAAAGGCAAGGUUAAAUCCAUAUACAUUAGAAAAAGAAAGAGUUGCAAAGCAACAGCGGAGAUUAGAUGAAAGAAACAAAAGCAAAGAAAAAAUACUAGAUUGUAAAAGAAAAUCUGAAAAACGUAAAAAUCCAUUAUUUUUAGAAGCAGAAAAGAAAACUGCAAAACGAAACAAAAGUGGUAAUGAUAUUGAAGAGUGUAUUGCGAAAUUCCAUCAAAACAUACAAGAAGGUCCCAUCUAUGUUUGUAGUUCAUGCCACCAGACAUGGUUUAAGGAAUCUGUAUCAGAGGUUCUUACUUUGACUUCUAAAGACAAAAAUAAGUACUUAACUGGUCUAAAGUCAGUAGAUGAUAAAGAAUGGAUAUGUGCUACAUGUAAGCAUAAUAUUAAAAAAGGGAGAUUACCUGCAUUGUCAGUUUUAAAUGGAAUGGAGUGGCCAACAAAACCAAAAGAAUUGGAUCUGUUUCCUCUGGAAGAACGUUUAAUAGCCUUGCGCAUUCCAUUUAUGCAAAUUAGAGAACUACCAAGGGGGCGUCAGUUAUCUAUAAAAGGGAAUGUUGUUAAUGUUGAAAACAUUACUGUUGCUGUGAAAUUAAAUAAAAAGAUGUCUUUUCAGUCUUGUGCAUUUUCUGAAAAUGUUCGGCCACUUCGAGUACUUGUAGCUUUACAUUGGUUGAUGAACAAAAGCAAUCUUUAUAAAAAUGCAAAUAUUAGCAUUGAUGAGCAGUGGAUUAAGGAUGUUACAGAAAACUGUAAUGAAGUCAUAAAUGAAUUUUUUGAGUCAAAAGUAACAUCUGAAAUUGUGCCGGAGUGUGACACUGAUGAUAAUAGAGAUGCAUAUAAUGAUUCUCAUUGUUCCAGUGAUAAUGUGUCCAAAACAUUGCACAAAUAUUUUGAGGAAAAUAUUAAGCUAUAUAAAACACUGGGCACUGUUGACUUUGAAGACUGUGUUAGUGAAGUUAUUGACAGUGCAAAAAUAAAAAAUACCGAAAAUAAAAUUUUGCAUUCAGUAGUAGAAGAUUUAUAUGACUCUGAUGCUGAAAAAGUUUUAAAUGAAAAUGUUGGAAAUAUUGACACCCUUUUAGAUGAUGCAGAUAUUGAAAACAGACAUGCUACUUUUACAUUUGCACCUGGUGAGGGUCAGCAACCACUUAGUAUUUUCCAAGAUAAAGAUUAA